AUGAUGACAGUCUGUCUACAAAAGAAGUUCAGGCAUUACGAGACCAAAUGUCACUUUUGGAAAGAAAAAUCAGUCAUCCCUGAUGAUAAUGAUAACGACUCGGUGGAUGUUCAUUCAACGGUCUUUUUCGAUCCUCUGGAGAUUCUAUACUGUGAUCAGAACAAAAACGGACAACUUGGAUGCCAUGAGCCACUUCUUGAUUUAGAUAAUUUUAUUGCAUCUCAUCAAGAGAUUUCUUUUAUUGUAUUUUGUGACUACGACAGACACUACGAAACCAACUCUCCCUGGACCGAAGAUGCAUCGCCUCAAGUACCAGAUACGCUAUCUGAAAGCAUAUCUCCCGUCGUGAGCGAUCUCAAAGAUGCCUUUCAAGUCAUUUUUCAAGAACUCCCGGGGCUUCAAGAUAUAGAAAUUAGACAUGAGUCGACUGGGGAGAUUGUCGCUCCGUAUCACUUUUUGUAUCACAACUGGAAGCAACUUGACCAGUUCAAUAACAGGCUCUCCCAAUCUGCUCAAAAUCACUUGAAUCUUUUUCUGACAUAUGUGCGUGAGAAAUUCGGUGAUGAAUAUGCCACUGUGGAUUUGCUUCUGAAAGAAGGAAAUAUUAUGCCCCGCUAUCUCAACUAUCUUUUCAAGCCCGGCGACGUGAUUGUUGAGGCAAACGGAUCGAGUUAUGUUGGUUACAUCGCAAGCUCAUGGGUGACCAUCGUACCGGACAAAUCUAACUCAGAGGAUGAGUUCGAUGAAUCCGAGAUACUAACUGGAAUCUCCGGGCUACCUAUACAAACUAAAAGAGAAAAACAGAAACGAAAAAGCAAAAUUUCUUCAGCAAAUACUUCUCAAACUGUGAAGGCCUGGAAUCUGGAUUUUGACGGCAAUUUCUUUCGCACAUUCAAGACUUUAAUGAUCGAAAUCACAUAUGAGAACCCCACAGAGACCGCGAACGAAGACGACAAGCCAAGCAUCUGCCAGGAUAUUAAUGCUAUUCGCGAAACACUGAAACGGCGAGGAAACACUUUCUGGAAAUGCCGUGACAGAAGACUGGUUUCUUACCAUCGUGAAAAGAGUGACCAAGAUGUGGAGAUGACCGAUGAAAGGUACAUGAUUGAUAUGGACACCUAUAGAAAGCUUCAUCCUGCCCAGCGGGAGUCCUCCGCUGGACUGAAACAUAAUAUCAACGCAGCAGCUAUCAAUGACCCGAACGGCAAAUAUCAGCUUCUCUUGCCCCUUAAUCUCAAGGGCUACAAUUUGAGACAUAAGAAGUGGUUUGAAAUAUCCGCCGAUCGUAUCUCGGAUGUCAAAUGGAACAGAGAAGCCUUCCAAAGUCUUGUCAUGGAGCGAAAAUCAAAAGAACUGGUCCAAGCUUUGGUAACAAAUCAAAUUGAGACUGAAAAGGCAACUGAUCUGAUUCCUGGCAAGGGCAAUGGUCUGAUACUUUUGCUUCAUGGAGGGCCUGGAACCGGGAAGACCCUUACCGCUGAAAGCGUGGCUGAAAUUACUCAAAAGCCACUAAAUCGCGUUACUUGUAGUAACGUGGGAACAAAAGCAGAGCAGGCUGAAAAGUAUUUGGAGUCAGUACUAUCCCUUGGGCGACAUUGGGGCUGUGUGGUAUUGUUAGACGAGGCCGACGUUUUUCUUGAAAAGAGAAGCCUUGAAGAUCUAGAGCGCAACGCUCUUGUCGCGACAUUUAUCGACAGACUUAGCAGCAUGUCAAAUGAGGAGCAAAUUGACAUUGAUGACUUGCGCGACAAUCUGCAUCUUUUGAAAGAAAUGGAGAUGAACGGAAGACAGAUCAGGAAUGUGAUCGCAACUGCUAGACAAUACGCGAAAUGGAAGGAGGAGCUUCUCACAUAUGAGUACCUGAAAGAUGUCAUCGAAAUAUCUGGUCGAUUUGAUACUUAUCUCAACAAGCUUCAUGGGGGAUUCUCGGACGAUGAGAUUGCACAGGGUGAUGGUCUACGCCUCGCGUAG